AUGACUAAUGAGCGAACCUCACUGAAAAAUUCGCCCAUUGGAGAUACCGAAUUGUGGAAUUUUAACGACACUGGUUCAGUUAUCAUCUUUCCAGGUACAGUGAGCAGUUUUUCAUCACAUUGUUCAUUUGUCAACCAGAAAUAUUCGACUUGGUUGGGAAAAUGUAUUCUGCUUUUCUUUAUGUUGACGGUGCUUAUUUUCGGUGUACUUUUGGCAUUUUUGAUAGGACACUGGGUUGCGAAGUCGGCGAAGAAUCCAAAUCAGAUAGCUAGUUCACUGAUUAACACAAUAACAACAUCGAGUUCGAGCACUAACCCACCGAUCAGCAUUUCUGAAGUUGAUUUGGACAACGAAGAAGAAACGGUGAAGAAUAUUACGUUGUUGAGUGUAUACCCACCCUCAUCAAAUUCUAUCGUUCCAAGGGCACUUCAUUUCUCUGUAAGUUCCGCUGCAAUCCAGAAACAUCGAAAAGUACCUCUGACAAGAUUACCCAGAAUACUUCGACCUGAACAUUACGAUCUACAGUUGGAUUUUACGGAGGUGACUUCAAAAGAACAAAUUCUCGGUAAUGUAUCGAUACUCCUUGAAUCGUAUGGUAAUUCUACAGCAUCCCAUGAAGUUGAAUUUCAUGCAGCGCCAAAUGUUCAUAUCGAUAGAGUGCGUCUCCAUCAUCAAGGGAAGAAUGUUGGUAUAGAGAAAUUCAAACGAGAGCAACGUGCUAGGAUAAUUCGACUCUUACUCAAACAACCUUUGAAACAUGGAUGGUAUGCACUCAAAAUGCAAUUUGUUACAAAGAUUUGCGAGGACAACAAUGGAGGAGUGCAGUGCUAUCGCGGUUUAGGAAAUGAUGAUUAUGCAUCACCAAAGAAUCAGCACUUACCAAUAAUCAGUUUUACCACAAAAUUCCAGCCAUCAUUGGCGAGAACUUUUUUUCCAUGUUGGGAUGAACCAAUCUGGAAGGCUACAUAUAACAUAACCAUACUACACUCAACUUCGAUCACGGUUUUAACAAAUGCAGCACCAAUUUAUCGCACUCAGAAGCAACGAUGCUCUUUUGUUCGCACCAAAUUCCAAGAAACACCGCCAAUUCCCACGUUUUUACUCGCAUUUGCUUUUCGCAGCUUAAAGAGGAGCACCGGAUAUGAUGUACCACUCACAAUAUGGACAUUUCCAGAAGAUCUCGUCUAUGCCAAAUUUGCUGCAAACUUCUCUCCCUAUAUAUUCGAUCGGCUUGCAAAAGAGUUUGUUAUACCUUAUCCUCUCUCAAAAAUCGAUUUUGUAGCUGCUCAUUCAUUUCCAGUCAGCGGUAUGGAAAAUUGGGGACUAAUUGUAUUCCAGAAGGAGAAGUUUUUGUUAGAUUCAUUGCUCGAAAGUAACGCAAACAUGGCAGUGGAUUUAUUGGCUGAACAGUACGAUAUCGAAAAAAUCAUUACACACGAACUUGUCCAUCAAUGGUUUGGAAAUUUGGUUACAAUAAAUGAUUGGUCUGAGCUUUGGUUAAGUGAAGGAUUUGCAUCAUAUUACGUAAGUGAUUUGCUGAAAAAACAACGUCCAGUUCUGGCCACUAACGAAUACUUCCUUCGUCUUUCUCAGCUACUGUCAAGACAGACGUCAAGUGAGAAGGUGCCGCUAGUAAAACGUUUUAGAACGGAAGCGGAGGUAGAAAAAGCUUUCAAUCCAUACCAUUUAUAUACGAAAGGAGCUGUUAUUGUAAAGAUGAUGUGCGAUCUGGUCGGCGAAAAUAAUUUCCGUGAAGGUGUUCGGAGAUUUUUGAAAACAAAUGCAUACAAAAGCAUUGGACGGUCGGCACUGUGGAAGGCAAUGCCAGCUUAUACUGAUCAUGGCUUAGAAAACAAGAAACUUGAAAAUGUUAUUGAACCGUGGCUUCUUAACGAUGGAAUGCCGGAAGUGAUGGUGAGCCGAAAUUACGACUAUGGCAGUAUACGUCUUAUUCCGCGACCAUCUGAUCAAAAUCGUUACGUCAUUUACUUACAAGGUACAAGGCAUCAUGCUGUAAAAAAUUCCAAAGAAUCCAUUAAAAAUGUAAAAUGGAAGGAAUGGAUGGGUAAAUUUUCCACUGGCUCAACAAUGAACCAUUACAAAACAGGUAGGCUGGAAGAAACUGAAGUUACAAACACCAAGGAAGCAUCACCAUCGCUUUACGUUGAAUUUAUAAGCAAACGACGAAGUAUCAAAAAAAUGCGGACCAGUUUGAAGAACCAAGAACCUGAACACAAGAAAAUAGUCGAUGGUGAUCGCCUUGUUGAUGGAAGAAAAAAAAAGCGCCCUCAUCGGAAGAUAAACGGAAAUCGGCAGUCGGCUCAAGAAAAACAAUUCUGGUCAAUACCAUUCACUUAUCAGCUGAGCUCCAAAGCGAACUUUUUUGCUGAUACAAAAAGAGAAUUCUGGUUACACAACAAAACUGUGGUGUUCACGGAUAAGAAAGACCAAACUUCAGCAGCACUUCUAGCAAAUGUUAACUGGAAAUAUCCAUAUCGCGUCAACUAUGAUAUUGAAAAUUGGAAAAUGUUAGCAAGAAUGCUGCAUGAAAACCAUUUGUCCAUACCAUUAUAUUCUCGCAUACAAUUGAUACUCGAUUCCGAAUUCUACCUUAAACAGUCGAGUGUUCCCGAACUCUAUUUAUACAUUUUAAGCUAUCUCACAAAGGAAAAUGACGUUGGUCUUUUAUUAUUUGGUCUGGAUGCAUUAUACCGCUUCUUCGACAUGUUUCGCGGGAGUUCAAUCAACAGCUUACUUUUAUUAUUCUUAAGAGAGAUGACUGAAUGGAUUGAUAAAGUAAUGGAUGAUACAAAGACAAAACCUGAGCUAGCUGCAUUAUGGUUACUUGAUGCAAACCGACUCAUUCAAUUUUAUAAACUUCGGUGUGCGGUGAAUUUGUCAACUUGCGAUCCAGAAAACAAGGCAGAACAGUGGUUAAAAUCAGGUGGUUUAGCAGAAGGUGACCACUACUCGCAAUUGAUUGCUAUUUGCCAUUAUUUAUUCACGAGAGGUACCAAAGAGGGGUAUGAUUUGGUUGAAAAUAGCGUGAAGCAGUUUAGCGGUAAAUGGACGAUUGCAAUACAACUGGCGACAUGUGUGCGCAGUGAGCACAUUCUCAAGAAAGUUGCAAGUCAAAUCAUUGCAACGCGAAAUGCUGCGGUGUAUACUGCCAUGCUGCAG